AGUGUCAAACUUGUGUUUGAAUCUGGGGCCCAACCACCAGAGAUUCUCAGUCUUCUGUUUUCAGGUUUCGUGUAGUUUCUACACUUGCAAUUCUUUUAUUUUAUCAUCCCCUUCAUUCAAUGUUUGUUACAUUAAGCGACCAACUGGAAAUUGGUAGGAUGGAGAAAUACACAUGGGUGUUGCUUUUGAUGAGCUUGAGCACUGCUAUCAUAUGUUGCAACUGCAAUAAUAUUGAGUGUCUACCAAAGGAAAGGCUUAUUCUCCUGAGAUUCAACACUGAGGUUGGUGGAUUAUCUGUUUCAUGGAAGGGGUUUAAUUGUUGUGAAUGGGAUGGCGUUGAAUGUAGCGACCUCACAUCUCAUGUCACUCAAUUGCGCCUCUCAAAUUUAGUGCUGCAAAGCUCAUCGGCAACUCACACUCUCGCUCCUUUAUUCGAGUUAAAGCAAUUGGAAUAUCUGGAUAUAAGCUCCAAUGGUUUCACUGGUGUUAUACCUGCAGGUGUAUCUGCACUCAAAGAACUCAAGCAUCUCGACAUGGGGAACAAUUAUUUUGAAGGUGAAAUUCCAUUGCCGCUGGGGAAUCUCUCAAAUCUCCAAUAUUUGAAUAUUUCCAUGACGGAGGAGAACGGAUUCAAAUGUUGGUCGAGUUUAGAGUGGGCGUUGAGUCUGCCAAAUUUACAAAAUUUGUCGGUGAAGUAUGUGGCCAUAACUAGUAGCGGUAAAGAGUUGGGAAAUUACAUCUCUGCACUUCAUAAUUUGCAAUUCCUUGACAUGAGUAACUGCCAAAUUUCAGGUCCAAUUCCCACCGCUAUCCUUAACCUCACAUCCCUCACACAUCUUGACUUUCACCGCAACAACUUUUCUUCCCCACUUCCUCCAUGGUUAGGAAAUAUGACUAGUUUAGAAUGGCUUAGUUUUUAUAGGUGUAAUUUGAGUGGUCCAUUCCCCCUCACUCUUUCCACCUUGCCUCAUUUGAAAUACCUUCGAAUGGCUCGCAAUGAAUUCCUAAGUGGAGAAAUCAGUGAAAUUUUAGGCAGCGGGUGGCCACAGCUCGCUCUGUUUACACUCUCAGGGUCUAAUAUAAGAGGACAAAUACCGUCUUCCAUUGGAAAUUUAUCCUCGCUCACACAUUUUACGGUGGUAAAGACCGAAAUUAAUGGACCCAUUCCUGCCUCUGUUGGCAAUCUGCCUCUUAUGGAAGAACUGAUACUCCGGAAUAACUCCCUGACGGGGACAAUUCCUCCCUCACUUCGUCGGCUUUCUAAGUUGACAACUCUGGAUCUGUCCUACAAUCAAUUGAGUGGUAACAUACCUUCCUGGUUGGAUGGACAUUCGGCACUCGGUAAACUUUAUCUGCAAUCCAAUAAGUUGACCGGCACCAUUCUUACUUCUCUAGGACAUCUCUCUCACAUAGAAAUGAUUGAUCUCAGUUCCAACAGUCUACAAGGCAACUUCUCUCUUCAGGUUUUUCAAAAUACCUCUAGCCUUGUUCGCCUUUAUUUUUCAUAUAACCAGUUGACUGUUUAUCUUAAUCCUGGUUGGGUACCCAAAAUUCAGUUUCAGGUAUUAGGACUGGCCUCCUGUAAUAUUGGAGGUUCCAUCCCUACAUUUCUUUUAACACAACAUAGAUUAUUGGGUUUGGAUCUUUCCAACAAUAGUCUUGUUGGAAGCAUUCCAUCCUGGCUUUGGGAUCUCAAAAUUGGCAACUAUCUCAACUUAUCGUACAAUAAUUUAGAAGGUCAACUUCCCCCAGUUUUGAAAACUACAUUGUUAACCUUCGACCUACAUAAUAAUAGAUUGAGUGGCCCUCUUCCCCUGCCCUCCAAGUCCCUCUUUGUUUUGGACCUUUCCUAUAAUGACUUCACGGGAGUCAUCCCCACCCAAAUUGGUAUGCUACUUCCGAAUAUCCUUGUUUUAGGUCUCUCAAACAACAAGUUAUCUGGCAAGAUACCAUCUAGUAUAACCAAUUGUUCAGCUUUGAUAAGACUGAACCUUGCAAAUUCUGGUUUGGAAGGAGAGAUCCCAUCCACAAUGGGAAGGCUGUACCAACUCCAGACGCUGCACCUGAAUGACAACAUGCUAAAGGGAAAUUUGCCACAGAGUCUUUCCAACUGUUCCAAUUUACAGAUAUUAGAUGCUGGAAAUAAUUUCUUGUCUGGAGAGAUACCAAGUUGGAUAUCAAAACUCCCACAGCUGAUAAUACUUGUAUUGAGGAAAAACAUCUUUACGGGAUCUAUUCCACCUCAAUUGGGCAAUCUCAGUCAUCUUCAUGUUCUAGAUUUGUCACAAAACAAUUUGACUGGGUCCAUCCCACCUGAGCUGGAGAAAUUAGCAUCAGGAAUGGCUCAAGUCGAGAGCUCAACGGUACAAUCAAAAAAUGGCACGCCCGCCUAUUACAAGGAAGAGAUUUCAGUCACCAACAAAGAAAGCAAGUUGGUAUAUGUGGAUUCUAUUUUGUUACUCGUAACAUGCAUUGACCUGUCUGGAAAUCAGCUGUCAGGUAUCAUUCCUUCAACAAUUGGUACACUUAAUGCUUUACAUAUCCUCAAUAUCUCAAGGAACAAUCUUAGCGGAGAAAUUCCCCAUACAUUGGGAAUGCUAGAGCAAAUUGAGUCAGUAGACCUUUCCUAUAAUAAACUGCAAGGCAAGAUUCCAAUGGAGAUGCAAGUUCUUCACUUCUUAGCUGUUUUCAUCGUGUCUAAUAACAGGCUCUGUGGCAAAAUUCCAACGGAAGGUCAAUUCUCCACAUUUAGUGUCUCCUACUUCGAUGGCAACCCGUGCCUUUGUGGUUUUCCGCUUGAUAUCAAAUGCACAGGAUCACAAGGCAUCGUUCCAAUCGGAACAAAUGAGGAUGACAUAGAGGAAGAGGGAACAGAGAACCCUUGGUAUUGGUACGUUGGCUGUAUGGCUACCUUUGCCAUUGGAUUUUGGGGAUUGUUUGCACUACUGUGUGUAAGGAGGACAUGGCGAACAAGAUACAUCAACACGUUGGAUAAAGCUGUUGUUAGCUUUUCAGAUUCAUUCACUAUGCAUUAGAGAGUUAUUCAAAAGUUGGAAUGUGAAGCUUAAAUUGAUGUCAUUCAAAGAUUUUUUUUUUAGACUUGUUAUAAACAAAAAGUUUUGUUAGGAGGUUUAUUAUAAAUAGUAAUUUUGACAUGUGUUAUACGUGUAGUAGCUGUGCAAGUCAUAUUAUAUUUAGUAAGUUGUUUUCAAUUAGGACUCUGCAACUUGGUUGCUAUAUCCUGAUUGAAGUCAUGGUUUUAUGUAAAGUUUUGAGAUUGUUGUAAAUCUGUAAUUCAUACAAAAGAUAUUUUGCUUGUAGUUUUUUAGUGGUAUAUUUUAACCAAGUUUUUCCACCUAAA